GUGGCAAUCACACGAUGAUUUUUCUCAACCAACCACAAAGACAUUGGCACCCUUUAUUUAGUAUUUGGUGCCUGAGCCGGAAUAGUCGGCACAGCCCUAAGCCUUUUAAUCCGAGCGGAACUAAGCCAACCCGGGGCUCUUCUGGGGGAUGAUCAGAUUUAUAAUGUAAUCGUCACGGCCCACGCCUUCGUUAUGAUUUUCUUUAUAGUUAUGCCAAUUAUGAUUGGAGGCUUUGGAAACUGAUUAAUCCCACUUAUAAUCGGGGCCCCCGACAUGGCAUUUCCCCGAAUGAAUAAUAUGAGCUUUUGGCUCCUUCCCCCCUCCUUUCUCCUUCUCCUGGCCUCGUCCGGAGUUGAAGCCGGUGCCGGCACAGGAUGAACAGUCUACCCCCCUCUGGCAGGCAACCUCGCCCACGCAGGAGCCUCCGUCGAUUUAACUAUUUUCUCCCUCCACUUAGCUGGUAUUUCCUCUAUCUUGGGGGCCGUUAAUUUUAUUACAACCAUUAUUAAUAUGAAACCCCCAGCUAUUUCCCAGUAUCAAACCCCUCUUUUUGUCUGGGCCGUCUUAAUUACCGCAGUCCUUCUACUGCUUUCCCUUCCUGUCCUAGCAGCAGGUAUUACCAUGCUACUCACAGACCGGAAUCUGAACACCACUUUCUUUGACCCAGCGGGCGGGGGAGAUCCAAUCCUGUAUCAACACCUCUUCUGAUUCUUUGGUCAUCCGGAAGUCUACAUUCUAAUUCUCCCCGGUUUUGGUAUGAUCUCCCACAUUGUUGCAUACUACUCCGGCAAGAAAGAACCCUUCGGGUAUAUGGGAAUAGUCUGAGCUAUGAUAGCCAUUGGGCUCCUAGGCUUUAUCGUCUGGGCCCACCAUAUGUUUACUGUCGGGAUGGAUGUUGACACUCGUGCCUACUUUACAUCUGCCACUAUGAUCAUUGCCAUUCCUACGGGCGUAAAAGUGUUUAGCUGGUUAGCCACAUUGCAUGGCGGUUCAAUCAAAUGAGAGACGCCACUUCUUUGGGCCCUGGGGUUUAUUUUCCUAUUUACAGUGGGAGGACUGACAGGCAUUGUCCUAGCAAAUUCCUCCCUGGAUAUCGUCCUUCAUGACACCUACUACGUAGUCGCCCACUUCCACUACGUUCUAUCAAUAGGAGCUGUUUUCGCCAUUAUAGGCGCUUUCGUGCACUGAUUCCCCCUAUUCACCGGAUAUACUCUUCACAGCACAUGAACUAAAAUCCACUUUGGAAUUAUGUUUAUUGGCGUAAAUUUAACCUUCUUCCCCCAACAUUUCCUAGGCCUUGCGGGAAUACCACGACGGUACUCUGAUUACCCCGAUGCCUACACACUCUGAAACACUGUCUCUUCAAUCGGGUCCCUCAUCUCCCUCGUUGCUGUAAUUAUAUUCUUAUUUAUCCUUUGAGAAGCCUUUGCCGCCAAACGGGAGGUCGCAUCAAUUGAGCUGACCUCAACAAACGUAGAAUGACUGCACGGGUGUCCUCCGCCCUAUCACACAUUCGAGGAACCGGCGUUUGUACAAGUACAAGCAGCCUAA